CCGGGUUUCCAAUGGGGUUGUUGGUUGCGGUGUGCGACUUACAUCUUGCCUGUAACUUCCUAUGCAGGAUGGCGUUUAUCCCUCACAGGCCUCGCGGGGCAUUCACAUCAUCUACUAUUUACAUUGACUGCUGGAAACUCAAUCAGGACUCCGUGCCUUGGGGAGAUCCCCCAUCCAGCCAACUGAUCAAUCCGGGUCGGAGCGGAAAUUCCCCGACCUGAUGAUCAGGGCGGCACGGGCAGCAGCGCCAACCAAUUCUACCGCCGAUCCGGAGCCAUGAGCCAUCCAAAACAAUAUCCCCAAGUGGUCCAGCAGACAACCUUCUGAAUGAAGCUUCGACAAUGGAUGCGUCACAAUAAACUCCAGGGCUGGCCCUGCUGGCCAUCUGCCGCCUUCAAAUAUAGCCUCCCUAGCCAAAGACAACAACAGCAACGCGGCCUCACCUCCCAAUCCGGAUCCGUCACGGCCUCUCCUCCGUACCGCCCGCCAGAGACUCUGAGAGAUGUUGACAUAAAUCAUUUUCGUGACGGCUAUUUUACCCGUGAGCGCCCUGUCAUCCUUCCUCGUCGAUACUUUCACGAUAUCCCGGCCUUCGAGCGCUGGUUCCGGCCCUCCUUGAUCGACCCCGAUGUAUCUCAAUUGAACACGGCAUACCUCAGCCAACAUGACGCCGGCUCCUUCGUCCCACUCGAGCUCACACAACCGUUACCAGAUAACAACACCUCCGAACAACAAGCAGAUGGGCUCACCUUUCGACAGUUUCACGCACCGCUCAGCCUAUUCCUAGAAUGGAUCCUCACCGCAGAGACGCUCGAGACACAACCAACGCGGCUCUACCUAGCGCAGUGCCAACUUCUGGAUCUGCCACAAAAGCUUCGCGAUGAUUUUCCGACGCCCCAAUUGGUAGCGCAAGCGGGGAAAGGAGACAUCUACGAUACAAAUGUUUGGAUCGGAUAUCCGCCCACGUAUACACCUCUUCAUCGGGACCCUAACCCGAACCUUUUCGUUCAGCUUGCCGGGCAAAAGAUCGUGCGGCUUCUUCCACCCGAUGAUGGGCAAAAGGUCUUUGGAUCCGUGAGGCGUGAGCUAGGCAGGAGCGCUGGUCGCGAAGCUGCUGCCAUUCGCGGUGAGGAGAUGAUGCAAGGUCAGGAGAGGGUGUUACUCGAGCAGGCUGUUUGGGAUGAUGCGAAAGCUGCUUUGGGACCGUGCGGAUACGAGGCACGUCUGGAGGCUGGAGAUGGGCUGUUUAUACCUCGGGGAUGGUGGCAUACCAUCAAGGGAGUGGGAAAGGGUGUGACCGCUUCUGUAAGUUUCCUGAUCAUCAACAUAUGUACGCAUACUUACUUUCAACAGGUCAAUUGGUGGUUUCGUUGAUCACCAUUCAUGGUCAGAACCAAUGAUAGCGAUAUCAUGUAGACAAGAAUUAUAUCACAUUAGACCUGUAUUCCAAAGCCAAUCUGU